CCUCGCCAGGAGAACAUGCAGCUGCACCAGGGGCUCCUGCUGGCCGCCGUCCUGAGCCUGCCACUGGGUGAGUCCGGGGCUGGUCCACCUGCUCUCGCCCAACCCCUGUCCCCCAGCCCUGGGCUGCGAUGCCACCUUGGAGAACCCGUUCCUGUCCUCCCACCAGCUGUCAGUGGCAGCUGUCCUCCCAAGGCCUCCUGCAAUCCCACAGGCCCGUCCAGCUCAGCCCCAGCCCCCGCACUGACCCCCACACUUCUCAGGGUGCACAGCCCUUGGCUCAAACCUCCCUUCCUCUCCCGAGACCCCCUCCGUCCACAAUGGCUCCCUCCCACGCGCACCUUUGCCCGCGCGCUCUGAAUGUGCCCCUCCAGCCCUCCUGGGCCUGGCCUCCGGCUGGCUUGUCUCCCUGGACUCCCUCCUCCCUCCCCCAGGAAAACCAGGUCCCUCUGCUCGCCGGUCUGCAGUCCCGCCUCCUGAGUCCUCUCCUCUGCCCCCUGUUUCCCUGGGCGAUUUUACCCACUCCCCAUCCCCAACCCUCGCCCCCACAGUGCCCGAGUCCGCUACGGCUGGCCCCAUCCCCCCAACUUCAGAUCCCUUGGCCCAGGGCCUUCCUGGGGGACCCACAGGGUGACCCCUCAGCACAGCCGUGCACACCUGGCCUUGGCAUCCCCAGCAGGGCCGGGCACUCUCUCUUGGCAAGGCAUCUUCUCCCCCACCCUGAGGCCUCAACAAAACCAGCUGGCCCCUUGAUCUUCCCACCACCCCACCCGGAAACCCAGCCCAGCUCCCCAGGGGCCGAGCUCUGCUUCCCUGGCAUCGGGUGGGAGGUCUUGGGCAGCCCGAUCCCCCCAGGCCCUGCGUGAGCAGGCAGCGGAUGUCAGAGUCCCUGAGCGGGCUCAGGUGCCUCGCAUACCUCCAGUCUCCGUCCCCAGGGGCGCCCUCCUGGCCUAUGAGAGGCUGAGCCACUGCUCUGAGGACUGCCGCAGGGUCAGGAGGGGAGACCGGCUCUGUGCGGAAGGUCCCAGAUGCACUGGGGGAACUUGGGGGCUCAGGGUGACCUGGAGAAAGCCUUUAUCACCAUCAGGGCUGGACACGUGGUCGUGUGGCCACCAGGGCCGGGAGCGGCACAUCACAGGAGGCUCCGCCUGGAUGCCCCGUGCCCACGGACUCCCCUCGGACCCAGAGGCCCCUCCCUGCUGAAAUCCCACCUGCCCCUCGAGGAACAAGCCCAGGCUGUCUCACUGCUCUUCCAGCUGGAGGACGGGGGAGCCUCUCUCAGGGGCACCCACAUCCCCCGUCGUUGCUUGGUGUCUGCUCUCUGCCACCCACGGACGGCACGAUCUCCCUGAGGGGCCAGCCUGCUUCAGAGCCAGCACAGGGGUCCCCAGAGGGGGAGACCCGCCACCAGCCACGCAGCGGCAGCCGGAGCCCAUCCCACCGCCCCGUUUUCCCUCCAGCUUUUCCUGCCCCUUCCCUCACCUGCCGAUCCCCCCACUUCCUUCUCACUCCUUCCCCUCCUUCUUUCCUCUCCUCCUCCCGCCUCUUCUCCCCCCAACAUCCCCGCCCUGCCUCCCUCCUCUCUCCCCGUGUGUCAGGCACCAGUCUGAACACUGUCCCUGUGUCCCCUCAGUCACCAUCGAGCAGCCUUUCCUGUUUGAAGCUAAAAUUUUCUCUGCCUCCCUCAGAAUCUCAUUGAUGAAAAUGAAAACCCUCUGAUAAGGGACAGAAUUAUUUUUCUUGAUGACCCAGGCUGAACACCCCCACCCCCGGAAUUCAUUCAUCCUGCAAGCCUCUCCUGGGCCCCAUUGCAUGCAGGGGAGGGAGCACUGAGGAGUGGGUAGAACCCCCCACCCUGCCUCAGAGGCCCUCAUGCUUGGGUGGGGGUGAGGAGGGAGCCCUGAGCACAGUCACAUGCAACAGCUGGGGCAGGACGAUGCAGCUCACGUUGGGUGUGUCAGAGUUGGGUCUGUUUACUCUGCCCUGGAAACCUAUGAGGCCUUUCUGGAGGAGGUGGCAUUUACACUAGGGCUUGUUUGCUCAGUGGGCAGAAGGAGCAGCAAGUUUGAAGCCAGGGAGGCGUUGGGAGGGUGGGUGUGUGCAGGGGGGCAGGCAGGGGCUGGUUCUCUCCAUGGCACCCUUGGGCACACAUAUCCUCACCUCUUCCUUCCGGUGCCCCAGCCUCCUGCCUGUCUUCCCUGCUACCCCUCACCCCAACCAGCUGUGGUCUGUGAGAGCCAGUGUCCGGCAGAGCAUGUCCGGCUUAUUGGCUGUCACUAGGUUGGAUGUGACAGCCAAGGGGAGCUUCAAGCCACUUUGGUGGGAAGCGGCAGGGCGGGGCUUGGAGGCAGCUGUCACCACGUUUCUUGCUGGAAGGUGUGGUCUCAGCUUGCUCUCUGGGGCUGGCAGAGGGACCAAAGCUGAUGGCAGCUGCCAGCCGUGGUGGAAACUUCCCGUCUGUGUCACCCUCUCCGUGGUGCCUCGGUGGGGGAUUCCACCCUCAGGACCCAGGGGCGACCGGAGGACUCUGGCAGGGCCUGGCAUGCGCUGAGGUCUGAGUCGGCUCAGCGCCGGUGCGUGCAGUGCCACGCGGACCGGAACCCGGGCGUGGAGCUGGGCUGACUGCGGCCGACGCCGGCCCUUCUCCACCUUUGGCAACCGUGAGGCGGGGGCAGCCCGGCAGAGAGGGGACAGGGCGUCCCGAGGCUGGGCUGCCUGGGCAGCGCUCGAGAGGAAGCCGGGGCCCACGCCCGCCGAUGUCCGUGACACAGUAGCCCUCACGUCCCAUGGUCACGCCGUCCGCCCCGCCACCCUGCAGGCUCUAUGCAGAGGGAGCAGGCCCAGGGCCAGCAGGCAUUAGCGACUCUGUUUACCCAGUCCUGGCUCAAGCCAUGUGGUGUCACCAGUGCCAGGGCUUCGGAGGGUGCUCCCGCGAGUUCAGAUGCCCCAGGGACUCCACACACUGCGUCACUACUGCCACCCGGGGCCUGAACAACCCCGGGGACUUGCCUCUGGUCACCAAGUCGUGCCACAGGGGCUGCCCCGAUAUUCGCGGCCUGGGCCUGGGCCCCUAUGUGUCCAUCGCUUGCUGCCAGUCCAACCUCUGCAACCAACAGUGACGGCCGCCCUCCUCCAGGACCUGGAUGCUCCGCCCCACAGCCCCACCCCAGGCCUGGCGCUCAGGGCCACCCUCCCUCGAGCCUGGCCAGACCACACUCCCGGCCUCUGCAGUCACCAUCCAGCACCCGCUGUCCUCGGGAAGUCCUUCAUGGAGUCCUGCUUAAG